CUGGAACCUGACUCCUCUCACACAGGAUCACCUUGGUGACGUAAUGUGACUCUGAGAUAGGUGGUGGUGGUGAAAGGUAGGAUUCAGGUUCCUACAAUAUAGGAUCCGCUCAGCGUAUAUCUCCUAUAUAAGAUCAUUCUCCUGAUUGACCCAUCAAGGAUGGAUAGGGAUGGGGACAAGAUGGCAGAGAGUAUAAUAAAUCUCACCCUAGAGAUCCUCCUCCGGCUUACUGGAGAGGAAUACACAGUAGUGAAGAAGACCUCUAGUGAGCAUUGUCAGACCCCGGUAUCUGAAGGACGGGGAGGAAUCCUGAGCCCAAUAUCCAGGACGACACCUCACAUCCCGUUACUUGAGAAAGUAAACAGAGAGAAGAUCCUAGAGCUCACCAAGAAGAUCAUUGAGCUGCUGACUGGAGAGGUUUCUAUAAGGUGUCAGGAUGUCGCCGUCUAUUUCUCCAUGGAGGAGUCUGAGUAUUUAGAAGGACACAAAGAUCUGUACAAGAACGUCAUGAUGGAGGAACACCAGCCACCAAUUAAAGAAGAGAGAACAACUCCCAGUCCUCUUCUUCUACAGGAUGAGAGAUGUCCCAGUCCUCUUCUUCUACAGGAUGGUUCAGAAGAACAUCAAAGCAUUCCAUAUGAUGAUCAGAUAGAUGGAAAUAAGCUUUUAAUUCUGGGUAAAGAUCUGACCAUUAUUAAGGCUGAAGAUACAUAUGUGAGGAGUGAUGAGCAGAUCAAAGAGGACAUUCCCACAGAUAACCACCCAGAUGACUGUACCAGGAGCUCAGAGAAACAUGUGAUAUCAGAUUUCAGAACAGAAGAUUGUGAUGUCACAGAAGAUGCACAUGAAGCGCAUGCCAUUAUUGCAGAUGUAUCCUCAGCUAUUCACAGCAAAGAUCUAUUAUCAGAUCCUUUGGAUGGAUUUCAAUCUUCUGAUUUAUCACAGACUGUUAAGCAAAUUAAAAGCCACAGAAGAAGUGUUAAUUAUCAAAUAAGUCACACAGGGGAGAAUGCUCUUUCAUGCUCAGAAUGUGGGAAAUGUUGUAAAUCUAAAUCAGCUCUUAUUAGACAUCAGAGAACUCACACAGGAGAGAAGCCAUUUUCAUGUUCAGAAUGUGAGAAAUGUUUUCAGCAGAAAUCAAAUCUUCUUAACCAUCAGAGAAUUCACACAGGGGCAAAGCCAUUUUCUUGUUUACAAUGUGGGAAAUCUUACACACAGAAAUCAUCUCUUGUUAUACAUGAGAGAAAUCACACCGGGGAGAAGCCAUUUUCUUGUUUAGAAUGUGGGAAAUGUUUUACUGAUAAAUCAACUUUUGGUAAACAUCAGAGAAGUCACACCGGGGAGAAGUCAUUUUCUUGUUUAGAAUGUGGGAAAUAUUUCAUAUGUAAAUCAAAUCUAGUUGUACAUCAGAGAAUUCACACAAGGGAGAAGCCAUUUUCAUGUUCAGAAUGUGAAAAAGAUUUUAACCGUAAAUCACAUCUUGUUAGACAUCAGAGAAUUCACACAGGGGCGAAGCCAUUUUCAUGUUCAGAAUGUGAAAAAGAUUUUAACCGUAAAUCACAUCUUGUUAGACAUCAGAGAAUUCACACAGGGGCGAAGCCAUUUUCUUGCUCAGAAUGUGGGAAAUGUUUUACUUAUAAAUCAGCUUUUGUUAUACAUGAGAGAAAUCACACAGGGGAGAAACCCUUUUCUUGUUUAGAAUGUGGGAAAUGUUUUAAAGAUAAAUCAACUCUUGUUAAACAUCAAAGAAGUCACACAGGGGAGAAGCCAUUUUCUUGCUCAGAAUGUGGGAAAUGUUUUACUGAUAAAUCAGCUUUUGUUAUACAUGAGAGAAAUCACACAGGGGAGAAACCCUUUUCUUGUUUAGAAUGUGGGAAAUGUUUUAAAGAUAAAUCAACUCUUGUUAAACAUCAAAGAAGUCACACAGGGGAGAAGCCAUUUUCUUGCUCAGAAUGUGGGAAAUGUUUUACUGAUAAAUCGGCUCUUGUUAUACAUGAGAGAAGGCACACUGGGGAGAAACCCUUUUCUUGUUUACAAUGUGGGAAAUGUUUUAAAGAUAAAUCAACUCUUGUUAAACAUCAGCGAAUUCACACAGGGGAUAAGCUAUUUUCUUGUUUAGAAUGUGGGAAAUCAUACACACAGAAAUCACAUCUUGUUAUACAUGAGAGAACUCACACAGGGGAGAAGCCAUUUUCUUGUUUACAGUGUGGGAAAUCUUAUACAAAGAAAUCAUAUCUUGUUAAACACCAGAGAAUUCACAUUGUAAAGAAUCGAUUUUAAUGUUCAGAAUGUGAUAACUGGAGAUGAACGAACUUUAGAAAAAUUCUAUUCUGCAGCUUGGUCAAAGUUCAACAAGAAAUUUGAUUUGUCCUGAAUUAAUUUGUCACGAAUCACUAUGUUAAAACCUCAUUUAGCCUAUCAAUCAACGAGACCAUUUUUAACGGCCCCUUAGACCGAAGUGCACCCGUCUAACAGCCAUUAAAAACAGUAAUACGCUCAUAUGCACAUAUGGCCUUUAAGGUUAAUAGAAAAUCACUCACCUCAUCCAUUUGCUCGCACAGGGGCUGUCUUCUUUUAUCUUAAUUAAAAAAGACCAGCAGAAGUACCUGCGCUUAGUGUGAUGACUUCACCAUGUGAUCAUGCUGCGAGAGCACGGUGACAUCAUCACACUGAGUGCAGGUCCUUCCACAGGUAUUUUUUUAGUUAAGAGAGAAGCAGACUGCCUCUUUGCGAGCAAGUGGAUGGGGUGAGUACAUUUUUUAUUCUCCUGUUUUUUCUAAGACAACUCCAGCCACCAUUUUAGGAAAAAUUAUUCGUUAUCGCGAAGCCCAAAGAAAUUUGGCUUCAUUUAAAAUAGAUUUUAUAUAUUUUUUUUCCUAAAAUUCAGACUGAAUUCCACUACAAAUGGUUUACUUUGCUGAACACUAGUGAUAACCAUAAAACAGAUCUUGUUAGACAUCGGAGAAUCCACACAGGGAGAAAUUAUUUUCAUGUUCUGAAUGUGUAAAUUGAAAUAGAAUUAAGUCAAGUCUUAUAACACAUCAGUGAAUUCACACAGGGCCGAAGCCACUGUCAUGUUCAGGAUGUCAUCUGUAAUUGCACAGCAAAGAGCUUACAGAGGAAAAAUGUUUUUCUACCAAGAUUUUUAUUUUAUUUUAACUUCCAAGAGCUAUAACUUUGAUUAAUUUUAUGUAGCAGUAUGAGGGUUUGUUUUUUUGCAUUACAAGUAUUUUUAUGGUGCCAUUUUGGGGUACACGUAACUGGUUUCGCUUGACGAUUCGUCAGGUUCACUCCUGACGAAGCGUCAAGCGAAACCCGGGUCAGGCAAGA